AUGGCCGACGACGCGGUGCCGUCCGUGCGCGCGGCGCCGCUUACUGCGUCGUAUACGUGGCGCUCGCCGAUACCUGACCAGUGCGUGGGGGGCUCGGGGACGCAGCGCGUCCCGUGCGUGCUCGGCGUGGACGAGGCGGGGCGUGGGCCAGUGCUCGGUCCGCUCGUCUACGGCAUUGCGUACUGCCCCGAGGACCAGCAAGAGGCGCUGCGCGGUGUGGGGUUUGCCGACUCCAAGACACUUACGCCGGAGCGCCGCGACGCGCUCCUUGCAGCCCUGCUCGAAAACCACGCAUCGAUGGGCUGGGCCGUACGCGUGAUGUCGCCUCAGGACAUCUCCGCUGGCAUGCUCAAGCGCCGGCCGCAUAAUCUGAAUGCACAGAGCAGCGACGCUACCGUCAUGCUCAUCCAGGGCGUCCUCGACUCGGGCGUGGACGUGACAAAAAUCUUUGUCGACACGGUCGGCGAGCCGGGGGCGUACGCGCGCUUGCUGCAGUCGCACUUUCCCAGGCAUCCGCAUAUUGAGUGGACCGUCACAAAAAAGGCCGACGCCAUCUAUCCGGUCGUCGGCGCGGCGAGUAUCGCUGCCAAGGUGACGCGCGACCGCUGCAUCGAGCACUGGAUGUACGCGGAACGCAGCCUGCCGCUCGAGCCGGGCGCGGGCGACAAGCGCAAGCGCGAUGAUGAAGAGAGCGUGUACAUCACCGGAAGCGGCUACCCCGGCGACCCAAAAACCGUGCGCUACCUCCAAGAGACGCUCGACCCGGUAUUUGGAUGGGCCGGCAUCGUGCGCUUCAGCUGGGCGACGGCCAAGACAAUGCUCGAAGAAGCCGUGCGGCCCACAGGAUCGCGGCGCAAGACAGAGGCAGCGAGCGAGCCGUCUCUUGCUCCGCUCGGCACGGUGCGGCCCGCAGCCACGCGGGGCUACGCCGUGCGCUGGAUCGACGAGCCUGCGACACUCACCGACUUUUUCUCGCGUGGGCCGCGCAAGAUUGGUGCGCCGCGCGCGAUGAGCACCAAGGCCAAGAACGAGAAAGCGCCGGAGCCUGCGCCAACACUCCCUGCGCACCAGCAGCUCCAGCGCACCGAUACCGAGACGCUGCGCAAGCAGCGCCCGGCGCUCUGGGCCGACCUGUCCCUGGGUUCGGCGAGCGCCUCGGAUUUGUUUGGAUAA